AUGUCCACGACUAGAGCCGUGGUUUGGCCCAAAGUCAUUUUAUUUGGAGAUUCCAUUACGCAAUUUUCAUUUCAGCCAAAUGGAUGGGGUGCGGAAAUCUCAGACAAAUUAGCCAGAAAGUGUGAUGUAUUGAACCGGGGGCUGUCUGGUUACAACUCCCGCUGGGCCCGGAUCCUCCUCCCGCGGCUCCUUGGACCUGCUGACUCCGCUCAGAGCCACAUUGCGGGGGUCACGAUCUUCUUUGGGGCAAAUGACGCUGCGCUAAAAGAUGAAAAUCCGAAGCAGCAUGUUCCACUCAAGGAAUAUUCCGAAAACCUGAAAGAGAUGACCAAGACCUUAGCAACGGCAGGAGUGUGCGCAGAAAAAGUCAUCUUCAUCACUCCCCCUCCCAUUCACGAGUCAGCCUGGAGGAAAGAGUGCACUGCAAAAGGGUGUGCGCUGAACAGACUGAAUGCAGUGACUGGACAGUACGCUCAGGCCUGUGUCCAAGCAGCAGCUCAGUGUGGCGUGGAGGUGUUGGAUUUAUGGACUCUAAUGCAGAAGGGAGAGGAUUUCACCGAGUACUUGUGUGACGGACUGCAUCUCUCUCAGAAAGGAAACCAGUUUGUGAGCAGGCAGCUGUGGAGGCUACUGGACAGGCGUGUGGGGGACCUGCCCUUCAUCCUUCCUUACUGGGCUAAUGUGGAUGAAGAGAGUCCUGAGACCAGUCUGCUCUGA